GCCCUUCUGGUCACCCCCUGGAAAAAAGAAAACAAUCCGUGAUCACGGUUUUGUAAUUCGUCCCCUCAGUUUAUAAACUGUACUCACGGAUUAUUAAACUGUUCCCUCAGCUUUACAAACCGUGCGCUCGGAUUAAUAAACCGUACGCACGAGUUAACAAUCCGUGCUCUCAGAUUUGUAAACCGUACCCUCAGUUUUUGCAAUCCGUACCCACGAAUUCAUAAACCAUGCGCACGCUUUCGCAAUCCGUACCCACGGUUUUGCAAACUGUGCUCACAGAUUUGUAGCCCCUCCCUCAUUUUAGAAAUCUGUAGUCCACAAGCACGACAACUGAACAAGAUUCCGGGUACGUAAUAUUAUCUGGUUAUUGUAUACUAAUCAAUGUAUAAUCAAUACAUUCAACUGUUUUAACUGCAUGCUUAAAUUCGCCAUCGAAACGGAUAGAAUAAUGAAUUCUUUUUUUUUAAUGAAUGUUUAUUUAAAUAGGCUAUUGUACAGAAUACUGCCCAACUGUGUUAAGACAAAGAAACAGUCCUCCUGCAUAUCUGACCACCUAGGAGAAACACAAAAGACAGAUAUAUACAUAUUAGGUGUUUAAAGCUGGCCUCCAUCAACCUUGACAUCACUGGAUAGGAUGGACAGAUUUAGUCUAAUUCAGUAUUACUUUGACCUGGGUUUACACUAUAAAGAAAUCCUUAAUGUUUUAAGUGUUAAACACGGAAUUACUAUCAGCAUGAAGACACUUAAAAAAAUCCUGAAUAAGAAUGGACUAUUUAGACGAAAACAUUUUGACAACUUAUUUAAUGUUAUUCAGUUUGUAAGGGAGGAGCUCCAAGGCUCAGGACAAUUGCAUGGAUAUAGAUGGAUGUAUAGUAAAUGUAAGGAAAGAGGAUUUCAUGUGCGCAAAGAAGACAUCCGCCUCAUUCUGUCAACUCUUGAUCCAUUGGGCACAGAAAUGCGAAGAAAAAGAAGACUGCACAGGAGAGCGUACUUUUCAAAAGGCCCCAAUUUUGUGUGGCAUGUGGACUCUUACGACAAAUUGAAGCCGUUUGGCAUAUGUAUCAAUGGGGCUAUUGAUGGAUUCUCAAGAAGAAUACUAUGGCUAAAUGCAUACUGCACAAGCAGUGACCCUAAAGUCAUAGGAGGUUACUUCCUUGAAACAGUAAGAACUUUUGGUGGCUCUCCUCGAAUGCUGAGAGCAGACAUGGGAACCGAAAAUAGUGUUAUUAGGGAUGUCCAAAGGUACUUGCGACGUGGUGAUGCUGAUCCACUUGCUGGAGAAAGAAGCUUUAUCUAUGGCAAAAGUACAGCCAACCAAAGAAUUGAGAGCUGGUGGGGAAUUCUUAGAAAAGAAUGUGUGGAUUUAUGGCUUAAAUAUUUCCACCAAAUUAAAGAUGAAGGCUAUUUUGAUGGCAGCUUUCUGGACAAGAACCUUGUGUUAUUCUGUUUCCUGGGUUUGAUCCAGGAAGAGCUGGAUUCGACCAAAGACACAUGGAACAGCCACCUGAUUCGUCCAUUAAGAAAUAGCCUUGUACCCCAUGGUCGGCCGGAUGUCAUGUACACCCUUCCUGAAUUAUAUGAGACAGAAGACUACAUAAGCCAAGUGCCAGUGGAAGACUGUGACACCUGUGAAGAUCAAUGUAUCCAUCGCUCUGACAUCCCCUGUGAUGAGGACAUUUUCACCCUGUGUUCACACAUCAUGGCACAACAUCAGCUUCGUAUUCCCAAGGAUAUGUUUACAUCACUUAAUCUGUAUCUUGCAAUAAGACAAGAGCUUACUACAAUGUUAAAUAUUGUGAGAUAAAGAGAUGUUAAAAAGCCAUUAGCACUAAAAAGUUGUAAUGGACAGUUUAACUGACAGUUCUCUCAUUAGAUUAUUAUUAUUAUAGUUCCAUUUAUUUCACAGAUGUAGUAGAUAUGUCAUUAAUGUU